UACAGUAGUGUUGCAAAACUCAAGCCAAGGAGAGAAUUUAUAAACAAACCUACGUACGUACCCAAGAUCAUAAGAAGCAGCAAGAGAAUUGAUUCUUCAAGUGAAAAAUGACAAUGGCACCUGCUGCAAUGAAACAAACAAACAAUGAGAAUCUGAAGAAGAACAGAAUUCAAGUUUCCAACACCAAGAAACCCCUCUUCUUCUAUGUCAAUCUUGCAAAGAGGUACUUACAACAGCAUAACGAGAUUGAGCUUUCUGCUUUGGGCAUGGCAAUCACAACUGUCGUCACAAUAGCUGAGAUUUUGAAGAACAAUGGAUUCGUCAAAGAGAAGAGUAUUACGACAUCCACAGUUGGAAUGAAGGACCAAGCCAAGGGCCGUGUAGUUCACAAGGCAAGGAUUGAAAUUGUGCUGGAGAAAUCGGAAAAAUUCGACUCCCUAGUGAACGCGAACCAUGCAGCGCAAAAUACAACUGCCAAUAAUGCAAAAGUUGUUGGCAACGGCAAAGUUGAGGCCAAUGGCAAAGUUGAGGCCAAUGGCAAAGUUGAAAACAAGUAGUAGCAAGAAGAUGGUGAAGGUCAUCUCUUGUAGCCUAUCUAGCUAGUGUUCAUCGCCAUUCUUAUACUGUAUCUCAGUACAGAUGAGAGGAAGAAUAGCUAUUAGCUAAUACUUUAAUUUGUUGUUUAUGGCUGCCAUUGUGUUAGAAUUAUUAGGGAAAAGCCAAGUACCUCGUAGAAGAUGUGCUCGUCGUUAGCUGUAAUUUUGCGGCCUUACAGGCGUAACUUCAUGCAGUGUUGCUUUGUGACAACUUGUAUCUUGUGAAGAUACAACAAGUAUGUGUUAUUUUCAGCUGUGAGAAUGGAAAGAAAGUAUAACAUUUGUGUUUUCAUUA